CCCCCUCCACCUCCCCCUCCACAAAAGGAGGAACAGAAAAAGCGGUCCCUGGCGUGCCCCGGCUCGGAAGGGUGGCAGCACUUAUCGAGCCGCCGGGAGCCCGCUGCAGUUCUAUGCAGCUCACCCAACCCUGUUGAGACAGCGCCAGGUUUGCAAGCUGAAGACGCAUCAACGAAACGACAAAUGCUGCGGCCCUGAUGACUUGUUGAAGUUGUCCCUGCUCCUGCCUGGUCCUACUUGUCCGCGACUGCCUGUUUCACAAGCCUUCUGUCAAACUUCUUUGAUCGCCCACUAUGAACAACAUGUCCAUCAAGCAAGAGGCUGACGGUGGCUCCAACGAUAGACUGGCCAUCUUGGAGAACCAGUAUAUUGAGGAGUACAAGAGACGGCGCCAACAAAGCGUCAAGAAGGCCUCACAUGGCGUUGCUGUCCAAAUCAAGCCCAUGUACGAUCGUCUGAAGAUGGCAACCCAGAAAGCCGAGAAAGAGGCCGAGGAGGUGGGUUCCUGGGACAAGGAGCUGAGGGAAGUCAAAGAGAAGAUCUUGCGGCUUGACGAAAAGAAAGCCCAGGCGAUGAAUUACAAGAAGACAGUUGAGCAGAAAAGAACAAGGUUGCUCUACAGUAUUACCGAUUCACAAGCGCUUAUGGAAUCAGGAAGUCGUGCCAUGAACAGCUGCAUUGCGGAUCAGUACGCAAUUGAGAUGAGCACCCAGCCCAGCAGCGCAAAUGGCGGGGCCCGAGUUGUUGUCGACAUUGACUGCCUCUCUUUGGAGGACUUCACGCCACGGGUCAAGUCCCACGUGGCCUACAUGGACUUCUGUACGGACAUGGUGCUGAGGCCUGCUGACUUGGGCACAGCUAAAGCGGAGGCGUCCCGUGCUGGCACACCAUCGCUGACACCCGACUACAACAUCAGCGUUCCCGGAGAGUGCACAAGCACUGCGAGACCGAGAACCGGCGCUGAACCGCCCUCUGGUGAGGAAUCGUUGCGCCAAGUGUCGCAGCUGACUUUGAAUCUUUUGUGCCCCAUUAGCUUCAGUCCAGAGCAGAGACCUGCCGACCUCACCACUACAGCAGCGGAGGCGCCCCCCGCUGGUACAUCGUCGCAAAGUUCAAAAAGCAAUUCCAGCGUCGCCAAGCAGAGCACCAGCACAGUUGGACGUAGCAACGAACACUCCAUACCAGCCUCCGCCCCUCGCAACCUUAACAUCAAAUCCUUUUCGCUUCCAACAUUGCGGUUUCAGCCCCGAAGUGAACGGUCCGCCAUUCACGAUCAUCAGAUACGGGAGUCGCAUGGUCCUGGUGCAUCUGGCUCCGGGGAAAAUUUGAGAUUAACCAAAAGAAUGAUAACGGGACUACGGCGUUCCAUCUCUCCAAGUCGUCCCAGUCUCCUAUUAGCCCAGGGUGUCUCUGAGCAUGAGAGUGGCUCAGAGUCUGAACAUGGUCCUACCGAGAACAAUUCCCCCCCAACUGCCACCGUUGUUGCCGCCGCUGCAAGCAAUCCCUGGUUUGAGCAUAAUAAGGAUGGAAAGGUGUCGUAUAUAGGCGAGAAGGCACUUCGUGGGAUCUACCAUGGCUGCAUCAGAAGAAUGCGGUGAUGAAGGAGAUCUUCUCUCAACAGUUCAUCAGGCCAGCUAAGGUGUGGACGAAAACCGUCGUGGGGGUGGGCGUGAAGAGGGACCACCGUGGCAACCUCACGUGCAACUGGCAACCACAUGCCAACUGUGAGGCUGCCCUCGCACAUUCUCGCGGUGGUAUUGCUGCGGAGCCCUGCGAUCGGUGCAUGGAGGGUUAAGGCCGGUUCGCCGAGUGUGUGGUGAUGCCGGGCAAGUUCAAAGGUGCCUGUGCGAAUUCUCGGUGGGCGGCAAAAGACUCGUCGUGUUCUUUCCGAAGGCAGUAGUAGGUAAUGGCAGAUUGAGAUGCUAGGUCCCCAGUUGGAUGGUUUCUUUGGUCUGCAACUCUCAGUUUUGUU